UUGUAUCUCUAAUAUUAUCCUGAUGUUGAUAAAUUAAUUACAAUAGCUUUCCCUAAUAAGGCAUUAACGGUAUGCAUAUAUGGCGUCUAUGUUUAUGAAGUUAUUAACCUAUUAAUCUUCUGAAUUUUGGUUAUAAAGGCAACUGAAGUGCCAAAAGAACAAAAGUUGACUCCCCAGAAAAAACAUCUUGCAGCAGUUUCAAGAAGGUCCCCGCGAUUCAUGCAAAUGAAGAAUCUUCCCGAGGAGAGUGUAGUUAGGGCAGCUAACAACACAUGCAUAAGUGAAGCAUCACGAGAACAGGUUGAACCUCCUCACCUCAAGGAAGAAAGCAUUCCAAAGAUGAUUGAAGUUGAAGCUGGAGGUGUUGUAGUUGUUAAAGAACAUGGAAGGACUAAGAUGAAGUCAAAGCAACCACCGGCAAGGAAACUAAUUAUGCAAAGAACUACAAGGUUUGCUGCCGAAAAAAGAAAAGAGAAAAGCAAUAGCAUGAAGAUGUUUUCUAUGCUAGUUGACAAAUGCCUAGGAGAUGGGUACUUGGUCGAACAUGAUGCUGAAAUAUUCGGGUUUGCAACUAAAUCUAUUUUCAAUAAGCAAGUGUGCGACCUUGUAAUCAGCUUUGAGCAGGUGAACAAUUCUGUUGUAGAAAUCUGGUGUAGGCACUUAUAUGAGAAGAUGCUUGAAGAUGGAGGUAAUAUGCCAGUUCAAUUUGGCACGUCUGCUGCAGUACCAGUACCAUUGAAACCCUCAGAUGAGUCCAUUACAAGGAGGUCUCGCUAUAUAGCAGAUCUUUUGGGUGUUGGUUUGCCUGGACAAAUCACACUAAUCCCUUAUAAUACAUG